UCCCAAACAAAAACAUAAAGCAAAUCUCUCUCGAGUCUAUAAAACUCUUCCAAGUUGUGGUUCUCAACCAGAGCUCUUCAUUAGUUUCUUCCACGCAUACUACUCUCUCUUGCCUAUCCCAUUAGAUUCAUUCAAUUCAAAUUGCACUUCUUGAGCGAGCAUGUGUGGGUUUUUUAGAGUAUUUUGAGAGGAGUGCUUUAUUAUUAAUUAAUUAAUUAAUUGUAAGUUAGAAGAUUGAGAUUUGUUUUGCUAGUUAGAGGUGGGAAUCUGGGAUUAUUGAUGCUCUCUGUGUCACCUCUUGGAAGCACGAAAGAUGAAGAGGGGCAGGGAGAGAUGGAGAGGCUCUCGAUGGAGUCCCACGUGUUCGGUGACCUCUCCGAUGGGAAUUUAUUGGAAAGCAUCAGCUUCGACGAUAUAUUUGUCGGUAUCAACGACGGAGAUGUCUUGCCGGAUUUGGAGAUGGACCCCGAGAUCUUCGCCGACUUUUCCCUCAGCACCGGCGAGGACUCGGAGAUGGCCACGUCAUCGCUCUCGGUGGAAAACUUUAAAGUUGACCAGAAUAUAGCUACGUCGACAAAGAAAGAAGAGGAAGAUAAAGUGUCCUCGGAUUCGGGCUCCGGUUCGGGGUCGAACUCCGGAGAUGAGAUAGUGAGCCGAAGGGAUGAAUCCGUGGCGGUUAAGCCGUCGCAGAGUGAAGUUGAUAAGGGAAGAAAAUCAUCAGCCGAGUCGAAGAAUUCUCGAGGGAAGAGAAAAGUGAAGGUGGAUUGGACCCCAGAAUUGCACAGGCGAUUCGUGCAAGCAGUGGAGCAACUAGGAGUGGAUAAGGCGGUGCCUUCGAGAAUUUUGGAGAUUAUGGGAAUAGAUUGUCUCACUCGCCAUAACAUAGCCAGCCAUCUUCAAAAAUAUCGAUCCCACAGGAAACAUCUGUUGGCACGUGAAGCAGAAGCAGCGAACUGGAAUAAAAGAAGACAGUGUUACGGUAUAGGAGGAGGAGGAGGAGGAGGCAAGAGGGAGGGAAGCCCUUGGCUGGCAGUAGCACCGACCAUGGGUUUUCCUCCGGUGACGCCGCCGCCGCCAAUGCAGCAUUUCGGAGCCUUACAUGUGUGGGGCCAUCCCACCAUGGACCACUCCUUCAUGCCCUUGUGGCCUAAGCAUCUCCCUCCUCACUCCCCCUCGCCGCCGCCCCCCCUCGCUUGGGCUUCGCCCGCCCCUCCGCCUCCUGAUCCUUCCUACUGGCACCAACCGGCUACCAAUGCACUAACGCCGGGAACACCUUGCUUUCCACAGCCUCUGACUACGGCGAGAUUUCCCUCUCCACCUGUCCCGGGUAUCCCACCCCUUGUAAUGUACAAGGUAGAUCCUGGCAUCGCCGUCCCCACCGGCCAACCCGCUCCUCGCCCACUCAUUGAUUUUCAUCCUUCAAAGGAGAGCGUAGAUGCAGCUAUUGGAGAUGUUUUAUCAAAGCCGUGGCUGCCACUUCCUCUUGGGCUUAAAGCUCCAGCGCUUGACAGUGUGAUGGGUGAAUUGCAGAGACAAGGAAUUCCAAAAAUUCCACCCUCCUGUGCUUGACCUCUUCAACAGUAAUGUCCUCUACCUCAGAGGUUUUUCCCCUUCCUGCUGGGUUGUUGCUGAGCAUGCUAACUAGCUGUGGUGUGAAGGCCCCACCACAAAACCCUAAUUCGACGACUUCUCAUUUGCUUCAGAGAGUUACUUUUGAGGAUUCUCUCUUUCUUCAAAGUUCUCUUCUUCAUUAGCCUUUUUGUGUAUUUGUGAUGAUAAUUAAGCAAUAAUUUUUGUGUUA